AUGGAGGAUGUGAUUGACUUAUUGGGAGAAAUCCAAAUCAAAGAGACAGGAAAAAGACAAGUAAGAAAUGAAUGUCUGCUGAAACUGAUGUCUACACCUGUAUUACACAGGUCUAUCACAGUGCCAGGUGAAAUAUGUCAUAUUUCCGAUUUGUCACCAGACCAGGUCUGGAUCAGUGAUGACAGGAAUGGUAACAUUAUCAAAUCAAAAGAUAAUAGAACAAAGUCUACACUGAUAACGAAAACAGAUUCAUCAGAACCAUGGGCACCACAGUGUAUCUACUCCUCCCACCUCAACGGCGAUUUGCUGGUCGGUAUGCAGUCCUACAAUUCAGGCAUUAUACCACGCUAUAAUGACUUUGGACGACUCAAACAGACAAUACGGCAUGGAAACAAAGGCCAGAAACUGUAUAGUUAUCCUCACUACAUCACAGAGAACCACAAUCGAGGUGUUAUUGUGUCUGACUGGGGUUUUCGUGCUGUAGUGGGGACAGAUCGGGGACGAAGACACCGCUUCUCCUACACAGGUCAUCGAUCAGGAUCAGGACUAAAACCAUUAGGAAUCUGUACUGACGCGCUGUCACACAUCCUGGUGUGUGAUUUUAUAACCGACACAAUACAUAUGCUUGACAGGGACGGUCACUUCCUCUCAUUUAUACUGACACGACAUCAAGGGAUAAAUGGACCACUGGGCCCAAGUUAUGACGACAAAACUCAUCUUAUAUGGGUUGGAUUAUGCUACGGGAAAAAGAGAGUGCUUACAUACAUCUAUACUGGAACAGCAAAGCAGGCUAAACAUUACACAGUAUACAUUGUAAUAUCAUAUUUCCCAAAUCGACAGUCUAUUAUUGGAAAGUGCUGCCAGAAUAGUGUAGCCAGCUUUAGUUUGCGAAACUUUUGA